UGUUCCAGGAGCAGACAGCUCCUUUCACUUCUAAAUGCUCUCCGAGAGCUUUGUUGCGUCGUUCCUAACGUCCAACAACCAACAAAUCUCACCCGCGCUCAAGGAUGUUGGGAUUUGUCUCCAUGAAUUUCAGCCCUCGAAGUCACUUCGCCUAACUUUGAAGAAGAGCUCUACCGACCCCAAUGGUUUGGCUGUUGGGAGCUCACACAUAUUUGCGUCACAGGCCGGGAAAGCGGUUUUGCAUGUGUACAGUCGGGAGAAAAAUAACCAGGAGGCUACAGUGCCCUUCCCAGAGCGAAUUCGAAGUCUCGCAUUAGCGGGAGGGUUCAGUGAACCAGGAUUGCUGGCAUUAGGUACAGAAGGUGGGAGGCUUAUAAUUUGGGAGACAUGCACAGGCCGCCAAAUAUCGACAACGGCCUCGCACUUACAACCGGUUACCUCCUUGAUCGUAGACCCAACCAACAAUUUUAUUGUGUCUGGUUCAGAGGAUUCAAAUGUCCACGUUUGGUCGAUCCCUCUUUUAACAUCCUUUUCUCGUCCAUCCUCGUUUCAGACGCAAACAGAGACCAAUUCCCCGCUUCGGACAUUUUCCCACCAUAGAGCACCAAUUACUAGCCUUGCAGUUGGCCAUAGCCGAAGCAGGAAUAAUAUUGCAAUUUCAACCUCCCGCGACAACACCGCCAUUGUGUGGGAAUAUCGGAGCGGAAAAUUAUUACGCACAUUCCUACUCCCUGCGAGCCCACUUUGUUCGGUAGUGGACCCCGCGGACCGAGCAUUUUAUGUCGGAUACGACGAUGGCAGCGUUCAGAUGAUAGACUUCUUCAAAGUACCCUCCGUCCAAAACAUCCUUUACGACAGUAAUCAACAGUCCACCCCUUCGCAACUCUCUGCAAACGAGCGCUGGCUCCCACCGAACCCUGAUCUGGGCGCUGUACUGUGUCUCACUCUCUCAUAUGACGGAACGACGCUUUUGUCAGGACACAAGAGCGGAGCAAUUGCGUCCUGGGAUAUCGCGAAGGGGAGAUACGCUUCAACAAUCACAACAUAUGGCUGUCCGGUGACAAAUCUGCAGAUGUUGACGCCGACUGGCUUCGUCCAGGAUAGGCAAACACCCAAGAUAACUGUCCACAACACUGUCAAGCCACGUUAUGAUCAUGCCCUUUCGAAUUCGGCUCAACUCGGAGACGCUAUCCCAGCAACAUACUCUCUCCAAGCCCACCUGACCGGCCAAUUGGAUCUAGACAACAUCCUAUCAACGGAUGACUUCUCGGAGGCGCUAACCCAUCCGCUUUUCUCACCAGCUUUGAUAUCAGAGGGUUUAGCUGAGCUUGCUGCUCUCGAAGCUGACUCCGUCGGCUUCAAUACCAAUUCCGCAAAGUCUCAGCCUGUGACCCACGAGCCCGUAGACAAUUCCAGACUUCAAUCACUAGAGGAUCAAAUCGCGCGAUUGAAGAAACAAGCUUUCUUCCAGGAAUCGGUAACCAAAGCUAGAGUUGCGGAGAUGGUAGAGCUUCGACAACAUAUCGCCAGUCUAGAAGACCAAAACAGCGAGCUCUAUGAGAGCGUGCAGAAGGCACAACAGGCUCGGUUUGAGAAACAGAAACGGCGGGAAGAGCGUGCGCUCAGACGUAGAGAAGCAUGGUUCGAAGCUGAGAAGAACGGACAGGAUGGAGAUGCACUUAUGCGGGAAAUGGAAGCUGAGGAUGAAGAGGAGACGAGCGCCACAGAUGUUAUGAGUAGUGGCGAUGACUAAAUAUAAAAUUUGUAUAUCACAUACCCCUUUGAGCCCCAUUCAUGGAACUGGAUGCGAUUGGCAUCAUUUUACUUUCUAAUACAUGGUGUUUUCUACAAAACUGGUUGGUGGUUUUUGGAUUUAUAAAAUAGGCGUUUCCGGCGUUUCAAUAUCAAUUGAUGUUGGAUUCAGUUGCUUUUUAAGUUGGGAUUUUGGGGAAGGCGAUGGACCACGGAUUGUAUUAGAUUCUAUUCAGUGCAGUUCAAAUGAUCGUAUCUAUUGUCUGGUCAG